GUCGCACUUGUAUACUGUCCAGAUUUUAUUCCUCCUUGUUGUGCAGAGGUGAAGUCGUUCAGCUCGUAUAGGCCCUGUGCAAAGAUGAAGAGAAGCAGCUCAGUUAUCCUUUACCUAUCUCUAUCAUGCAUUUUUCACGUCUCUGCUGGGGCAGCUCCUUAUGGAAAAUGCACAGACAUCGAGGGCCAUCGCUACGAGCUUCCAGGGAAAGGAUUAAGAACAGAUAACGGGGGCUGCAUAAUCGUAAAUGAUGAACAUGAGAAAUGCCAGUACGACUGCUUUAUGCCCUAUGUCCCACGACAUGAAGUGCGUCAGUCUCGAACCAAGCCGGACUGGACUUGGUGUAAGAUAACAACAUGGUAUGGAAAUCCCGGCUCUAGGGGCGCUACCGCUGUUGAGAGUUCCGGCAGCUGCAGAAGUGGGAAGUGCAUGUACAACUGAAACGUGGGGUACUUUCCUUCUUGCCUGUGUGGCUCGUCACUUCAGUCUUCACUCGUCUACUGGUGCCGGUGCUGUCGGUGGCUCACUGUUUCCUUACUUCACAGCAAUAUUCGAAAUAUCUUACAGCGAAUGGUUUUUCUCAAUAAAGACGUGCACAGUUGUCAAAUCUGA